AUGGCAAAUAACAAUGAUAUGAAUCAUCGUGAAGUCUUCCAACUUCAUAUUGGAUCGGCUGGUAUCGAAAUCGGUCAUCGCUGUUGGGAAUUAUAUUGUUUAGAGCAUAGUUUAACUGCCGAUGGUAAUAUCGUUAACGGAACAGAAGCAAACGUUCCUCCAAAAUGUUUCUUCUCGGAAAAGAAAAACUAUCGUCCUCGUGCUCUUUUUAUCGAUUCUAAUUGUUCAACAAUGGACACAGUAAAAUCCAGUAAAUACCGAAACUUAUAUUCCAACGAUCAGUUUCAUUUAUUGGCAAAUAAUUCUUUGGAGUCAGUUCUCGAUACGAUUCGAAAGCAAAUCGAAGAUUAUGAUAAUUUUGAUGGUUUCAUAAUAUCUCAUGCUAUGAAUGGUCAAUGUUCGAGUUUUACUUCUGAACUUUUACAAAAAUUUGCAUCCGAUUACACAAAGAAAACGAUUGUGACGAAUUCCAUAUUUGGCUCGUCUAUUGAUGUUAGUAGUAUGUACAAUCUGCUGGAAUUGGCCCAUGUCGUUAUCCCCAUGGAGAACAAAGCUAUUUUCAAUCUAUGCAAACAUCGACUUGAGAUCGCCAAUCCUGCAUACGCUAAUAUGAAUAGGCUGAUAGCUACGUGUUGGAGUAAUAUUACAUGUUCCAUGAGAUUUAAGGGUUCUUUACUAACAGAUUUGAACGAAUUUCAAACAGCACUUAUUCCUUUCCCGACGAUGAAAAUAAUUUCAUCAUUUCUUUUACCAUUAAUACCAUUUUCAUGCAGUACACAAAAGGAUUUCAAAUCACCAUCAGUGUACGAUAUGUGUGUUCCGUUAUUCUCUCAAGCGCAUACUUGUUUUGUACAUCAGUCAACUCCGUACAAGAUGCUGUUAUCUGCAACGCUACAUUUUCGAGGUGAAAAUAUCAUUCCGAAAGAAAUCGGACAAAAAUUAAUUAUCGCUAUGAAACAAUGGUGGCGAUUUUCUGAUACAACACCGACUGGAUUUAAAUGCGGAAUUAAUUAUUGCCGUCCGUAUAUUUUCGAUGAUGAUUCCGAUAUUGCAUUGACUGAUAAACAAGUGUGCGCAUUAGUGAACGAGAUGGCUACAUCAAAAUAUCUUUGCGAGAUAGCUCUGAAUCAAUCGUCAAAUACACAAGACGAAACAGCAGAAGUCAAUGAAGCAAAUGAUUUUUUGCAAGGUCUAAAAAGCAAUUAUCAAGAGUUGGAAAGUGAGAUUAUCAACGCCAAUGAAUUGAAUUUAGCCACUCCUUUUAAAUAA